UCGGUGAUAUGCCUGAGCCCCCUUCUGCAUAACCCCAUGUACUUUUUCCUCUGCAAUUUCUCGUUCCUGGAUAUCUUUUACUCUUCUGUCACUCAGCCCUUGCUCCUCUCUUUGCUGUUGGAAGGUCAUGGCAUCAUCUCUUUCUCUGAAUGUAUCACACAGCUCUAUAUUUUUAUGUCGUUGGCAUGUACAGAAUUUGUCUCCUUAACAGCGAUGGCAUAUGACCGCUAUGUGGCCAUCUGCAAGCCUUUACACUACCCAGUGUUAAUGAACACGAAAAUCUGUCUCCUGCUGACCACCUCAUGUUGGUUGAUUGGCUUCCUGGAUCCAUUAGCUCACACUGUGGUCAUAUCUCAAUUGCCUUUCUGCAGGCCACGCAUUAUCAAUCAUUUUUAUUGUGACCUCACCGUGUUAUUAAAUCUAUCUUGCGUGGACAAGCUAUUCAUUGAAAUCAUGACUUAUGUGGUUGGCUCAGUGGUAGCCCUCCCAGCCUUCAUGCUUACCCUUUCUUCCUAUGUCUUUAUCAUUUCUACGAUUCUCAAAAUUAAUUCUGCCUCAGGGAGACAUAAGGCCUUUUCCACUUGUGGAUCCCACCUCACCGUUGUCAUCUUGUUUUACAGCACUGUUCUGGUUAUGCAUAUGAGGCCUUCAUCCCAGUACUUGCUCAACCAAGAUAAGCUGCUGUCUAUCUUGUAUACAGCUAUCAUUCCAAUGCUAAAUCCUCUUAUAUACAGUCUCAGAAAUAAAGAUGUCAAAAAAUCUAUACAAAAGAUCAUCAGCUAUAAAUGA